AUUCUGCUUGCCAUGGUUCUCCUUUGUGCUUUCUCUGUUCAUCUUGCCACCGCCACCAUUUCCAGUCAUUUUUCCUCCCUUUCCCCUUCAGCAGCUUGGCCAUGACUGGGUUCCUCAUGAACCAGAGACGAUCUGGGUUCCUCAUGAACCAGAGACAAUCUGGGUUCGUCCACCAUUUCCAGCCAUUUUUCCUCCCCUUCCCCCUCAUCCCCUUCCCCCUCAUCAGCUUGGCCAUGAUUGGGUUCAUGAGGAACCCAGAUUUGCUUUGGGUUUGCGUCGAAUCCAGAGCAGAGCAGACUUGGGUUCGUCGACGGGAACCCAAAGCAAAUUUGGGUUCGUCGCAAACCCAAGUCUGCUCUGCUCUGGGUUCGACGCGAACCCAGAGCAGAUCUGGGUUCAACGCGAACCCAGAGCAGAUCUGGGUUCAACGCGAACCCAGAGCAGAUCUGGGUUCAACGCGAACCCAGAGCAGAUCUGGGUUCGUUGCGAACCCAAGUUUGCUCUGCUCUGCUCUGGGUUCCACGCGAACCCAGGUCUGCUCUGGGUUCGGCGCAAACCCAGAUCUCUUCUGGGUUCGUCGCAAACCCAUUUCUUUAUUGCCAUAGAUUAGGAAGAUGUAUGCUAACUCUCUCAUUCAUGGUGAUUCACACAUGCUUUUUGCAGAGGAUAGAAAUAAGGUAAAGUAGAUUUAUGGAGGAAACAGUGGCAUUUCUUCUGAAAUUUUAUGUUGCUUUAAAUUGUGGAGUACUGAAUGAAAGAGGAUGAAAGAGGCAUUCUGAGUUCAUGACGAACCCAUAACUAGGUUCGCAACGAACCCAGAUCGUCUCUGGGUUCCUCACGAACCCAAUCAUGCCCAAGAAGAGGAUGAGGGGAGGGGAGAAGAGAAACAGUGACAAUCAAAGGAAAAAUAGCUGAAAACGGUGGCGGUGGGAAGGAGAACAAAGAGAGCACAGAGGAGAACGAUGGAAAGAAGAAUAGAUUAAGGGCAUUUUA